AUGUCUAGAGCGAUAGAACGUCUAAACGAAGAAAGAAAACACAUAAAAAGGGAGCUUCCGCCAGGUUUUUUCUCAAAGCCACUGCCCAAGAAGACGGGGACUACUGUUUUACCCAACGAGCUGGACCUUUUCCGAUGGAUUUGUGGGGUUCCGGGCAAGAAGGGUACCAUAUGGGAAGGUUGCACUUUACGUGUAUAUAUGUUCUUUCCGGAAGACUACCCAAUUGCACCGCCUAAGGUGCAGUUUGACCCCACCCUCUUCCACCCUAAUGUCUACCCCUCCGGGAGCGUUUGUCUUUCCAUCCUGUCCUAUGAGUGGAAGCCCUCGAUCACGAUCAAGGAGAUCCUUUUGGGUCUGCAGGUGCUCCUUGAUGAGCCAAAUCUUCAAUCUCCAGCUCAACACGAGGCCUUCCAACUUCGCAGGGAAGACCUCACGGCAUACAAUAAACGCAUCCGUGCCAUUGUUGAAGAAAAUCCCAGCUCAGAAUUUGAGAGACGUGUGAAGAAUAUAGUUAUGUCCGGGGAGUUUAGAACUUGCCCCCGGCCACCACCAAAGAAUGACGACAUAGCCAUAGAUUGA